CUGUGGGGGGGAGGAGAAGACAUGGAGGAUGGGGCUGUCCCCGGCGGUGCCUGAGUCGGGAUGGAGUCUCCCCGUAGCUCUGCCUUCCUGGAGGACAGCUUCACCCGCUUCUCCUCCCAAAGCAACGUCUACGGCCUAGCGGCCUUGCCCGGGGCAGCUCGGGGCGGCGGGCGAGGACAAGAGGGGCCAGCGGGGUCGGAGGAAGCCGGGGGAGAGCUCUUAUCCCAAUGGGGACCAGACCUUUCAGCGGGGCUUGGUGGGGGCGGCCAGGCGGGGGGCCCCGGGGAAGGUCCGGGGGGGCUCCUGGUGGCCACCCUCAAAGGGAAAGUCAUUUAUUUCCGCUACCAAGACAUGAAGCGGAACCUGCGGCCGGUGGCCAGGGAGGUGCAGUUCACCUACAUCCCAGUUGAUGCUGAGAUUGUUUCUAUUGACACUUUCAACAAACCAUCUCCCAAAAGAGGCCUUGUUGUGGGAAUUACCUUCAUUAAGGAUUCUGGAGACAAAGCCAGCCCGUUCCUUAAUAUUUAUUGCGACUAUGAACCCGGCUCUGAAUACAAUCUGGAUUCUAUUGCACAAAGCUGCUUGAACCUGGAAUUACAGUUCACACCUUUCCAGCUGUACCAUGCAGAAGUCCAGGUUGCUGAUCGUCCAGAGACCGUCUUCCUUCUGAGCGGAAACGAUCCGGCGGUUCAUCUUUACAAAGAGAAUGAAGAGCUCCAUCAAUUUGAGGAGCAGCCGGUUGAGAAUCUCUUUCCAGAGCUUAAGGAACUACCCAGCAACAUCCUCUGGCUCGAUGUCUACAACAUUCCCCAUUCGGGGCAGCGGAUCACAGCUUUCGGCUGCCAGAGCGGAUACAUCCGGGUUGCUCAGGUUGAACCAGCCAAGCGAGUGGUGCUGCAGAGUUGGAGCAUCCAACAAGACAGUCCCAUCUCCAAGGUCUUGGUCUUUGCUCUCCCAAGCACCAGCCAGUCGGACGACCCACCCGGGGUUGCGUCUACGAAAGGCACCACCAGUCCCGACCCUCAAAGCUACAGCGUCCUCGUAACCAGCAUGCUCGAACUCUCGGUGGUCUACAGGAAUGUGCUGCACAGUGGUCUGGAGGACCAGUUGGUCUUGCCCCUGAGUAACCAGUACGACAGCGUACUCUGUGCCCUGGUGACCGAUGUGGACUUCGAUAGCGAGCCGGAGAUCCUGCUGGGCACCUAUGGGCAGGAGCUUUUAUGCUACAAAUACCGGGCUGAAAACACGCGUGUCGCCACCACAGCGAGGCACCAUUGUUCCCAGAAGCCUCCUGGGGAUUUCCACCUUGUCUGGCAACGCACUUUCCCCAGCCCUUUGUUAUCCAUGGACUACGUAGACCUGACCUGCGAUGGACUCUGCGAACUGGCCGUGGUGUGUCUGAAGGGGUUGCACAUACUCCAGCACAGCCUGACGGACGUCGUCCAGUGCCUUCUAGAGCGGCUUCGGGUGGAAGCGACAAACCGGGCGUCCCAACCGAACGCUUCCGUGCAGGAGCAAGAUUCCAGAGUUGGGGAUACGGAUGGCCGAGGACCAAGAACCUGAGGUCCUGGCUGUGCCUUUCCCCCUUUCCUGUGUUCUUUUCAUCCGCUACGAAAUGAGGAAGGGACUCGGGAGCAGAGCCACGUCCAAAGGAUUCUUCCAGCCUUCUGCAGGGUCCCGGCAAGAGCGUGGGAAUUUAAUUUAGUCGGCUGUGAAGGGUAGUGAGAAGACUGAUCCGUUCCUGUGACGCUUUCACUGGCAUAACUGCAGCUGCCUCAAACCCGGGAAGUGCUCCGUGCCCAGCACAGUUCAGUAAUUUGUUUGUCUCUGGGCCUCCAAGCGGGGGCGCUACUCCGAACGACCAUAGAAAAUAAAUAUUUGUA